AUGACGCCUCUUCGUUUCGUCUCCCCGUGCUCACAGCUGUUCCGCGUCUCCAAGUGCGUGAGUGCAGGCGGAAGCGGGAAGCGGGCGGCGAUGGGGGCGGGCAAGCACGCGGUGACGCAGGAGGCGUUCGACGCGCUGGUGCGGGAGGCGAUGGACGAGUUCGACAUGGCGCCGGCCGAGGCGGUCGACGACGCCGUGCGCACCCUCACCAUGCAGGGCGCUGACCUCGCAGGCAUCGUGGCGGCGUACAGCGCCACCGGGCAGCGCGCCCAGCACCCCGCAGCAGCGGCAGCAGCACAGCUUGCAGGGGCGCUGGCACGCUGGAAGGAGAGACACGGGGGGGGCGAAGGUGAAGGUGCUUAUAGCGGUGCUGACUUCCUUGCAGUGCUGCACGCGCUGUCCGCCCUCUCUCGCGCGCUGAGCCCCUCUCAGGGCGGGCAGGCGGAGCAGCAAGGCGCAGGGAGGGAAGACAGUGCAGCUGCAGCAGCGGGUGGAACGGGGUGGGAGGAAGCAGCAGUGGUGGCGGGGCGGAACGAGGGAUUGCCGGCAGCUGUGGGCGCGCUGGGGGUGGUGCUAGGGGCAGUGGAGAGGGGGGAGAAGGGAGGGGAUGGGCAGGAGGGCGAGGAAGGGGGCGCGAGGGUGGAGAGGGCGGUGUGUGACGCGCUGACAUGCACUGAGGCGCUGCUCUCCCAUGUCCCCGGCGCACGGGACCAUUUCUUCCGUCUCUCCGGGCCGCCCCUCCUCGCCUCUGCCCUCCCUGCCCCGCCCUUCACCUCCUGCACCCUCACUCGAGUGGCAGCAGCUGCGCGCGCUGCACGGGCAGCGAGCAUGGAGAACGAGGUCAUCAAGGAGGCGCUCAUGGACGCCGCGCUCCAUGUGGCACUCCUCAACGCCAUUCGCGGGAUCAUGCAGUCCAAACGCACUGCUGACGUGGACAGCAGCGUCACCGACGUGGCAGAAGCAGGAAGCGUCAUGUGUGCGUGCUGUGGGGCGGUGAGGGCGCUGGUGACGAAUGAUGACGUGCGCGUGGCGGCGUCCAAGACCUUCUCCAACGCGCGUGCCGUGGCGGAGGCAGGCGCCGUGGAUGUGCUGCUGGGCGCCGCUGCUGCCUUCUCCGCUGACACCGCCGUGCUGCCCUCCGUGCUCGCUGCUCUCAAGGCCAUUGCUGUCAACGAGGACAUCUGUCGCAGCAUCGCUGCUCUCGCCGGGGUGCCCCUCGUGCUCGCCCACCUGCAGGCCGCCCUCGCCACACGCUGCUCGCCCCUCGCUGCUCCUUCCGCCGCACUGCUGGCGCAGCUGGCAGGCAGUGACGCCAACAAGGUGCUAAUUGUGGAGACAGGUGGCAUUCCAGUAUUGGUGGAAGCAGUGAAAGUAUUUGUGGACGAUGGGGCUGUGCUUCAAGAGAGGUAUGGGGCUGUGCUUCAAGAGGUAUGGGGCUGUGCUUCAAGAGGUAUGGGGCUGUGCUUCAAGAGGUAUGGGGCUGUGCUUCAAGAGUCAGCUUGCCACUUGCGUUGCCUCCCUGUUGCGUUGCGUCCUCACCUCGCUCACCUCUUCUUCACCUCCCCGCAACUUCUGCCUGCCACCACCCAUGGCUGCACGUUCGUUCACCCCACCACUCACCUCUUACCCAUCCCUCCGCACUCCCCGACCAUGCGGGCCCCGCCCCCCAUGCAGCUGCUGGCGUGUCUGGCAGCAGUGACGCUGCGCAGCCCAGCGCAUGCAGCAGCGGCGGUGGGGACGGGUGUGUUGGAGGCGGCGGUGGACGCCAUGGAGGGGGGCGCUGCCACGUCGGGCAGCCAGUGGCAGGCGUGCCAGCUGCUGCGCAACCUCGCUGUGCGCAACCCCGAACACCGGCCAAUAAUGUUGGAGAUGGGACUGGAGGCUGUGAUUCGUAACGUCAAGAGCAAACACAAGUCAUGCCGUGACGUGUGCUCUGCUGCACUAAGAGACAUGGGCUUGGAUAACUAUAAUCAGUAG